CUUGGAUCCGGAGCAGGAACCAGAAGAGGCGCUCAGCCGGCUGCCCUGGCGUCAGCGAGCUCACGCCUAUCAUCUGUUGACCAUGGCUACCAAUGCCUAUGUGUGGUGUGCUGGGGCAGAACAAGGACUCGACACAAUCCCUGCUCCACUCUCCACCCUUGCCCAUGCCGCCGGCAGACUGCUGGGCAUCGCACCAAUCGCCACGCACUACACGGUGGACAUGUUCAACUGGAACCUACGUGAUCCCAGUUUACCCCCGCUGGCCGACAACAUUGACAUUCUCCACUCGUUUACCGGCACUCCCGACGAAACUUGGUUUUACGCUGUCACCACAGAGAUUGAGUACCGUGGCGGUGUCAGCCUGCAACACAUGUUGAGUGCCAUUGAGGCAGCCGCCAAAAAAGAUAGUGCAGGCGUCACUGCUGCCCUCCACGGCGUGAGCGCAUCCAUCGAAGCCAGUCAGGCGGCACUGCACCGCAUGCACGAACAUCUGGACCCAGAUGUUUUCUACAAUCAAAUCCGCAUCUUUCUUGCGGGCUGGCGCAAUAAUCCCAAUCUUCCCAAUGGUGUUGUUUACGCCGGCGUUGACCACGAGCAGCCUCAGCAUUAUUUUGGCGCUUCUGCUGCUCAGAGUCCAGCCAUUGCGGCCCUGGAUGUCUUCUUGGGCGUACGGCACGGAACAGCGGGUGACGCGAGCACGGCCGUCGAAGAUCCGGACAAGAAGACAGAAGUGCACUACCUCCAAGCUAUGCGUCAUUACAUGGUGGAGCGACAUCGUGCUUUUCUAUCACAGCUUGCCAUUGAGCGUGAGGUCUUGCAGCAUUUCUUGCCCGAAUCCUCACAGGCAGCACGCGAUGCCUAUGCUGGUGUGGCGGCGGCUCUCAAGGCUUUCCGCGACGAGCACCUCCGCAUCGUAGCCCGCUUCAUCAUCAACCCAGCCCGUUCGACCAGUUGCCCACCGCUCUUUGUCUCUUGCCUGCAGCCCCCUGUCAAUGCAACGUCGCUCAAAAGCCAAAAGCCAAACAAACACGCAACAAAAUCAAGAACCAAAAACAAAUUUGUCUCAUGCCUCUUCCGUGCUUACCCUGCUUUGGUUGACAGCAAAGUCAAGGGUGACGGUGGACCGGCCGAGCGUGGUACUGGUGGCACUGAGCUCGUCCAAUUUCUCAAGGAUGUGCGACAAGAUGGCUACCAGCGGGCGCUCAGCACUCUGAAUUAA